AUGGAGAAAAGACCUUCGUCUGUUCUCAGAAUCUUUGGAAAGCAAGAAGUGGAAGCCUUUUUCGCAAUAAAUUUAGUGAAGAUUGAUAGUCUCGUGUAUAACUUUGGUCGCAAGGCAGCAACAUUUUACAUAUCUUACCACCUAGGAUUCGUAUAUUCGGAAAAUGAUGUUUAUAGUAGUCUGAAUUUCUUUAAUGAUAAUGCCAACUGUGGAAGCAAGCUAUGCAAUGCGGCUCUCCUCUCUGGAAAAAAUAAUAUGAAAAAAAGCUCCAAAUCUGAAAAGGAAAACCGUGACAAACUCUGUCGCCAAAUCACAAAAUCAUUUGGCGACGUGAUUGUCAAGGAAUACCUUACAAGAACACGAUAUUCUGAACUAGAGUUGGGAGACCCAUCAAGAAAUAUCAUAGAGAUGAUUUUCCAAAAAGCAUCCACAAAUCCAUCAAAUGCAUUAAGCAGGAUUGAAAGGGUUUUAAGAGUGAAGAAUUCAUUUGAAACUCUUGCAAAAUUUGAGAAAUACAGAGACAAUGUGAAGCAAAUUGCCUAUCAGCAACACCAAAUGGCACAUCCAAGAAGCAUUGUAGAUGGAAACGAGCUUCUCCGAUUUUACGGAACAACAAUGUCUUGCUGCGGUGAACAAACAAUGCGAGUUUCCGAGAUUUGUAGAGAUCUGAGUUGCCGAGUAUGCAAAACAAUUCAAUGUAACUUCGACACGGAGUACAGCAAGAAGAACGGAAUUCGAUUUAGUACAAAUAGUGAGAAAUUAACGGAUAGUUUGAUUGGUUUCUCGAGGAGUAAAACGGAAAGGGCCGUCGUGGUUUGCAGGAUAAUUGCUGGCGCAGUUGCUAAUAAGGUUGAUCGUUCUGAAAUUGAAUAUCGAUAUCUUAUUUCAGAGUCUUUGAUUGUAAGGGAUCCUAGUGCCGUGCUUCCAUGUUUUGUCAUAGUUUUUACCUGAGAUCUUGGAAUAUGUCUCUAAAUGUGUUUUAUUUUGUUAAAUCAAACAUAAGCCGACUUACUCAAAAUUGUGUUUAGUAUU